GCAUCCUUCAAGGGGUGGUGACAGAGCCACAGAGAGGAGUGAGCAGGGCCAGGAGCAUUGGUCGUGGGGUCCCUGAAAGCGUCUGGAGGCAGAACUGGCCAGACCCAUGAAUGGGGAUUUAGCAGCUGGAAAGAUGACGUCUUCCACCUGUCCCGUGGGACCCAUCGAUAGCUUUGAGCUUCUAGAUCUCCUGUUUGACCGGCAGGACGGCAUCCUGAGACACAUUGAGCUGGGUGAGGACUGGAGCCGUGUUGAGGACCAGCAGAUGCUUCCAGGCCCUGACUCUGAUGACUUCCUCAGCUCCAUCUUGGGCUCUGGAGAUUCGAUGCCCAGCUCCCCACUCUGGUCUCCAGCAGCCAGUGACAGUGGUAUCUCUGAAGAUCUGUCCUCUGACCCUCAGGACACCCCUCCACGCUGCGGACCAACCACCACCCCAGCUGGCUGUCAUCCCACAGAGCCUGGCAAGGGGCCCUGCUCCAACUUUUGUCCUGGCCCUUUUUGCCCCACCAGGCCCCCAGAGCCUGUUGUCCCAGUGCUUGAGGCCUCUGUGGCCAUAGACUUGGGAACGUGGAGCCCAGGGGGAAACCAGUAUGCAGAGGAGCCGGCAGAGAGAGCAGACUCGCCUCCAUGCUACAAUCUUACGGUGAAAGAUCUUCUUCUUUCCAGCAGCAGCAGCGUGGACCUACAACAGCAUCACCUGACAGCCCCCCACCUGCUGCGACCUGGGACUGGGCACUGUCAGGAGCUGGUGUUGACAGAGGAUGAAAAGAAGCUUCUGGCCAAAGAAGGCAUCACCCUGCCCACUCAACUGCCCCUCACCAAGUAUGAGGAGCGAAUGCUGAAAAAAAUCCGCCGGAAAAUCCGGAAUAAACAGUCAGCUCAAGAAAGCCGAAAAAAGAAGAAAGAAUAUAUUGAUGGUCUGGAAACUCGGAUGUCAGCCUGCACUGCCCAGAAUCAAGAGUUGCAGAGGAAAGUCUUGCACCUUGAGAAGCAAAAUCUGUCCCUCUUGGAGCAGCUGAAGAAACUCCAGGCCAUUGUGGUCCAGUCCACUAGCAAGUCCGCCCAGACAGGCACUUGCAUAGCGGUCCUGCUGCUCUCUUUCGUCCUCAUCAUCCUCCCCUCCAUCAGCCCUUUCACCUCCAACAAAGCCGAGAGCCCUGGGGACUUCGCACCCGUCAGAGUCUUCUCCAGAACUUUGCACAACAACGCUGCCUCCCGCGUGGCCCCCGAUGUCGUGCCAGGCUCCGAGGCCUCAGGACCCCAGCCCGAGUCGGGCCUGCUCCACAAAGGUUCUCCAGAUAGCCCCAGGGUGGAUUGGGGCUUCCGGGACACUCUGGUCCUAGGUAAUUCGACAGAGGAGCUGGACAAUUCAACCUUGGUCUUGGGCAACUCCACGGAGCAGCUAGGCCGGCCCACCCUGCUGGACUGGGUGGCACCUGAGUCAGUGCUGAGCCCGGGACUCACAGGGCUUGAGGCGGUGGGGGAUGAGCUUUGAGCCUUGCUGGAACCUUACUCCAUGGCCCCCUGCCCAGGGCAGCUUUGGGGGUGCUGUAGUGGACAGUGACAGGCCCAAAGAUAAGGAAGCGAGGCAGAGACCCUGGCACAGAUGCCAGGAUGAGAAGGCACAAACUCACAGCAACACACCCAGGGACUCACAGAGGCCACUGCAGACACAAGGCAAAGGUUGAGCUUUUCACAGAGCAAGUGCACAAGGAAACGGGCAUUGUACACAGCCUGAAACAGAUCCAGACAGAUACAGAGAUAGACACGCACAGACACAACAGGUGCCUCAGCGAUCCCUUCCCCAUGUCUCCUCCCUCCUUCCCUCACACAUGGGGAGGAAGAAGCUGCCAAGACUUCAGAGACCCUGGCCCCAGGGUCAUGUUGAGGGCCAUGGCCAACAACUCUCCCCCUUUUCUAAGACUGCCUGAUCCUUAAUAAAGUAUUUUGAC